AUGAUGAAAGUGGCCAAACUACUCCACGCGAAAGACUUUCAUGUUACCUUCGUCAACACCAUUUACAAUCACAACCGUCUCCUCCGAUACCGUGGACCCAACGCCCUCGACGGACUUCCUUCCUUCCAGUUCGAGUUCAUUCCUGACGGGAGCAUAAUUGGAAGGAAGGAAGGAAUGAACUCAAAUGAAGAAUCCAAAGAGAACACGUACUUGAAGAAAAAAGUAGCGUCAAUCUCAAUUAAUAGGGCAAGCCUUUUUUUUCUGGCUCAUCUAUAUACACUAUAUCAGUAUGAGAGUUACUUGACCAAGGAGCAUUUAGACACCAAAAUAGAUUGGAUUCCAUCGAUGAGAAACCUAAGACUAAAAGACAUCCCUAGCUUUAUCCGUACGACUAAUCCUGACGACAUAAUGCUCAACUUCCUUGUCCGUGAAACCGACCGAGCUAAACGGGCUUCUGCUAUCAUUCUCAACACGUUCGAUGAUCUAGAGCAUGACGUCAUCCAAUCCAUGCAAUCAAUUUUACCUCCAGUUUACUCCAUUGGCCCGCUCCAUCUACUAGUACAACAAGAGAUCGAUGAGGAUAGUGAAAUCGGUCGAAUGGGAUCGAAUCUAUGGAGAGAAGAGAUGGAGUGGCUCGAUACCAAAUCUCAAAACAGCGUUGUUUACGUUAACUUUGGGAGCAUAACUGUGAUGACAGCGGAACAGCUCGUGGAGUUUGCAUGGGGUUUGGCGGCAACGGGGAAAGAGUUUUUUUGGGUGAUCCGACCGGAUUUAGUAGUCGGAGACGUGGCAAUAGUUCCGCCUGAGUUUUUAACGGAGACAGCGGACCGGAGGAUGCUGGCGAGUUGGUGUCCUCAGGAGAAAGUACUUUCACAUCCGGCGAUCGGAGGGUUCUUAACGCACAACGGAUGGAACUCGACGCUGGAGAGUCUCUGCGGCGGAGUUCCAAUGGUUUGUUGGCCAUUUUUCGCAGAGCAGCAAACGAACUGUAAGUUUUGUUGUGACGAGUGGGAGAUUGGGAUUGAGAUUGGCGGAGAUGUGAAGAGAGAUGAGGUUGAGGCAGUGGUUAGAGAAUUGAUGGAUGGAGAAAAGGGAAAGAAAAUGAGAGAGAAGGCGAAGGAGUGGCGUCGCUUGGCGGAGAAAGCUACGGAGCAUGAGCUUGGUUCCUCUGUUGUGAAUUUAGAGAAGCUUGUUAGCAAUGUUCUCAUAGGAGAGCAGAGACUAUAA